AUGGAGAAAACACUCAGUGAAACAUCGCAGGCUCGGCUCAAGCAGAAGGAAGCAGAGAAUGAGAAGGUCGUGCUGGAUGUCGAGAACAAUUAUUGUCGUUUGAAAGCUGCAUUGAUGAGCCGAUUAUCGAAACAACAUUCAACUCAGCCCAACCUGCAGCAACUAACGGCUCAAGGUACUUCAACUGGUCUGUCUCGUGUCAAACUUCCGGAAAUCCGUCUACCAACCUUCGGAGGACAUCUCAAGGACUGGGUGACCUUUCGCGAUACUUUUCGGAGUUUGAUCCAUAAUAACCCACAGCUAACGGAAAUGGACAAAUUCACGUAUCUACGGUCAUCGCUCAGUGGAGAAGCUCUUCAGGAGAUCAAUUCCGUGGAAAUGUCAGACGUCAACUAUGUGGUUGCCUGGACGAUGCUGGAGAAGCGAUAUGGAAACAAGAAAUUGAUUGUUAAAGCCCAUCUUGAUGCCUUGUUUUCGAUUGAGCCCAUACGCAGAGAAGGAUACGAGUUGCUCAGUCGUCUAAUCAGCGAUUUUGAUAAACAUCUUCUCAUGUUGGAUAAAGUUGGAGAAGACACAAACAACUGGAGCACCAUUCUUGUCUACAUGGUGUGCUCUCGUUUAGAUUCCACCACGCUUCGAAAUUGGGAAACUCACCAUAACUCAAAGGAAGUGCCCAAGUACAAGGACCUCAUGCAUUUCCUAAGAGAUCAGUGCUCCGUGUUGCAGUCUGUGGCUCCAGCUAAGGCUAUCGUCGUCCCUGAGAAGAAGGCAAAGUUCUCCGUCACCAACUCUGUUGUUCAACCAGCGUUCAAGUGCCCAUUUUGUGGAGAAGGAUUCCAUUCUGCUUUCCGAUGUCUGAAGUUCCUGAAACUGAAGGUUCCCGAGCGCAGCGAAGCAGUACGAAGAAGUCGGCUUUGCCUGAACUGCCUAUAUCCUGGACAUCAGGCGCGUGUAUGCAGUAGAGGAGCAUGCCACCAUUGCCAGCAGAAGCAUCAUUCCCUGCUGCACCCGGAACAGCAGCCACCAAGCGAACAUCGGAACAGAUCCUCCGUCCCACAAGGGCAACCUAGACCCUCAGCAGUCAAUCAGCAGCAACCACAGACACAGUUACCAAACCAGCACCAACCUGCACAAGCUCACACUACACAGCAACCCACACGCACACCUUCCGCAUCACACUCGCAAUCCACCGCACAACCAUCCACCUCACAUCAAUCAAGUACCAAUCAGAACACUGUAGCCCUGCCGACAAACACACAGUUUUCUACGCAAGAUAUUCUAUUAUCAACUGCUCUUGUCUGCGUACAGGACAGUUACGGCAAUUCGCGACUAGCCCGCGCGUUGCUAGAUUCGUGUUCGCAGUUUUGCUUUAUGACAACACAGUUCUCUAGCAAACUGAACCUACAAAGUUCGGCUGAACAUAUGUCGGUUCAAGGCAUCGGUGGUUCUGUAACCGUAGCACGGAAGUCGGUGAAAGCGACAGUCCUCCCUCGAAUUUCGGAUUUGUCACCAUUCCACGAGGAGAUGACUUUCUACGUCUUACCCGAACUGACUGCAACCUUACCAGCACGGAAGAUUAACGUCGUCAACUGGAAUUUCCCGAGCAACAUCACAUUCGCCGAUCCGCAGUUCCACGAGCCAGGUCGUAUAGAUCUAAUCAUUGGAGCAGAACAUUAUCUGGAUCUGCUCACCGACGGUCGGGAGAAAAUUGUGGAUGGAGGCCCUACGCUGCAGAACACAGUUUUCGGAUGGAUAGUGUCUGGUCGAGCAAUCGAUCAUUCGUUAUCAGUGCAGCAAACGUCAGCAUAUUCCUGCACACUUGCGAACCUACAAGAACAGCUAUCAAAGUUUUGGGAACUGGAAACCUGCCACACCCAUUGCACUCAGUCUGUGGAAGAAACCGCAUGUGAAGCAUACUACGACCAAACAACCGUUCGCGAUGAAAGUGGUAGAUUCGUCGUCACUCUUCCCAAGAGAGAUUACAUCGUUGCUCAGCUCGGAGAAUCAGAAGGCAUUGCAACCAGAAGGUUUCUUGGCUUGGAGAGAAGAUUUCAACAGAAUCCAGAACUGAAGGCAGCGUAUGCAGAGUUCAUCCGGGAAUAUGAACAGCUUGGACACAUGGUGGAAGUUCCAGUUUCGGCAUCACAAGGCAACGAAGUCUCCCCUGUAUACUACCUUCCUCAUCAUGCAGUAUUCAAACUAGACAGCACCACAACCAAACUGCGCGUGGUGUUUGAUGCGUCUUGCAAAACCAGCAGUGGAGUUUCGCUCAAUGAUGCGCUAAUGGUCGGCCCCGUAAUCCAAGAAGACUUGAUCUCCAUCACUCUCCGGUUUCGGCUGUUUUGUGUGGCAAUUGUGGCGGACAUAGAAAAAAUGUAUCGCAUGAUACUUGUCCAGCAUGGCGACCGAUCUCUCCAGCGAAUUGUUUACCGAAGCUCACCCGAUGAACCCCUAAGAACGUAUGAGCUGACUACCGUCACUUACGGCACAGCUGCAGCUCCGUAUCUGGCGACGAAGUGCCUUCAGCGACUAGCAGAUGAAGAAGCAUCCAAGUUUCCACGUGCUGCGAAGGUACUACGAGAAGAUUUUUAUGUCGACGACAUGUUGACCGGAGCGAACACCGUAGAGGAAGCGAAGCAGUUGGCGGAAGAAAUGGUGGAACUCACUGCAUCCGGAGGAUUCAACCUACGAAAAUGGAACUCCAAUAGCAAGGAGCUGCUGGCACAACUGCCACAAGAACUGUUGGAUAGCCGAGCAUUGUUAGAGCUGGAUUCAUCGUCCUCUCCAGUGAAGACACUAGGCUUGCAAUGGGAGCCACAAUCAGACAGCUUCCGAUACGACUCACCACAGUGGAAUAACGAUGUUGUUCCAACCAAACGUAUAGUUCUCGCUGAAGCGGCUCGGUUAUUUGACCCACUAGGCUUGAUCGGUCCUGUAGUCGUUAUCGCAAAAAUCUUUCUACAAGAACUGUGGAAACACAAUUGCGGCUGGGAUGAUCCAUUACCUGAAGCGAUGCAACAAUUUUGGCAAGAGUACAGGUUGAACUUGACCGCCCUGUCCUCCUUUUCGAUUCCACGCUGGAUUGGAUACAAGGCCGAAGCAGUUUCAAUGGAAUUGCAUGAGUUUUGUGAUGCAUCGGACAAGGCCUACGGUGCGUGCAUCUACACACGUUGCACGCUGAUGGAUUCUUCAGUAGAAGUACGCUUGCUAAUUGCCAAAUCCCGUGUUGCGCCGUUGGAGGACCUUAAACGGAACAAGAAGAGACUGUCAACCCCUCGUCUUGAGCUUUCGUCCGCAUUGCUACUUUGUCAUCUGUACGAGAAGGUCAAGGCAAGCAUUCGCAUUCCCCAUAACGCAAGCUUCUGGACCGAUUCGACAAUCGUUGUGCAUUGGCUAUCCUCUUUGCCCUCGAGAUGGCAGAUUUUCGUAGCCAAUCGUGUUUCCGAGAUUCAGCACAUCACCAAGGGUUUCGUUUGGAAUCACGUAGCUGGUGCGGAAAAUCCGGCGGAUGUCAUUUCUCGAGGUAUGACCCCGGCUCAACUACUGUAUCACACAAUUUGGCUUGAAGGUCCGGCAUGGCUGCGUCGAGACCGCAGCACUUGGCCGGUGGCAAGCCCCGAAGAGGAUUUCGAUCGAACAUUACUGGAAGAGCGAAGCGCAGUUGCAAUCCCAGCUCAGUCCAAGCCAAACAGCGAGUUAUUCGGUCUACAUUCGUCUUUGUUCGUAUUGGUGCGAAGAAUUGCAUGGAUUCGCCGUUUCAUCCACAAUUGUCGACGCCCAGAAGAAGUACGCAGCGGAAACAUCAACCACAUCGAACACCAAGAAGCCAUGCUGUCGCUGGUACGUCUGGCCCAGAACGAAUCGUUUCCAGAAGAGAUUUCUGCACUACAGCGCGGAAAUCAAGUGAAACCGUCAUCUCCAAUCCACAAACUCUGGCCAAUACUCGUCGAAGGUGUACUGCGUGUCGGUGGUAGACUUUCAGAAGCACCUGUGUCAUCAACUCGUAAGCAUCCAGCGAUUCUCUGUUACCGGCAUCCCCUGAGCAAACUGAUCGUAGUAGACUACCACUUGAGGCUGUUUCACGCGGGUCAACAGCUGCUAACCAGCAGUGUACGAGAGAAGUAG